GACCAACAUUAAUGUAGAAAAUGAAGUACCUAUUAGUUAUAUGCAGCCUUACCAGUGUUGUAACUAAUCAACUACAUAUUGGUGACGCUGAUCCUGAUUACAUAUGUAGUUAUUGUCAACCUGAACAAAUUCAUAUUGCUUUUGGUGAGAAAAGUAACAACAUAGUAGUGACAUGGACGACAGCAGACGAUGCGAAAGAGAGCCGCGUGCAGUUCGGAGUGUUCACGACACCGUUGGACAAGGAAGCCGUGGGCAACCACGUCUGUUACCCAAAUAUACGUAAACAGUGGAUACACCGUGUUACUUUGGAAAACCUUCGUUUUAAUACGACUUAUGGGUACCGGUGCGGCUCCCGUUUUGCGUGGUCCGAGCUGUUCUACUUUACCACUCCACCCGAAGAAGAAUCAGUUCUGCGAGCUGUUAUAUAUGGUGAUAUGGGAGUUGAAAACGCACAUGCGCUACCGUAUCUACAACAAGAGGCCGAAAACAGCAGUCUAAAUUUCAUCCUGCACGUUGGUGACUUUGCAUAUGAUAUGUAUGAGCAAAACUCUAAAAUUGGCGAUCAGUUCAUGCGGCAAAUACAGCCAAUGGCCGCGAUCGUACCUUACAUGGUCUGCCCUGGCAACCACGAGGUAGACAGAAACUUCACCCAGUACAAAAAUCGUAUGACUAUGCCUAGGUACCAAGAGUGGGAGAGCAUGUUCUACAGCUGGGACAUUGGCCCCAUCCACUUCGUGUCAAUCAACUCUGAGGCAUACUACUUUCUCAAUUUCGGCAUAGAUCCGCUAGUCAACCAAUUCCGGUGGCUGGUGAACGAUUUGGAACAGGCCAAUUCGGAAGCGAACAGAAAGAUGAGACCAUGGAUCAUACUGUACGGUCACCGGCCAAUGUACUGCACCGGAGGAAACAAUGAUGACAAAGCUGAGUGUCCCUAUGAGCACACCAGGAUUGGUCUGAAUGUAACAGGAAAUAAAGAAAAAUUCGCCAUAGAACCUUUGUUAAUGAAAUACGGCGUCGAUAUUGUAAUUUGGGCUCAUGAGCACAUGUACGAACGAGCGUGGCCUUUGUAUGACUACAAAGUGUACAACGGUUCCACUGAAUACCCUUACGUAAAUCCAAGAGCUCCAGUGCAUAUUAUCACGGGAUCAGCUGGGUGUCGAGAGGAAACAGAUCAUUUCGGUGAGAUGGCAGAGUGGUGUGCGUUCCGCUCGAGAGACUAUGGCUACACUCGAUUUCACGCACACAACAAGACGCACGUCUACUUUGAACAAAUAAGCGUCGACUUGAAAGGUGAAGUGAUCGACUCCUUCUGGCUAGUGCAGAACCACCACGGCCCUUUUGAAAUAAAUCGAGAAUCAAUUUACGAAGCAAAACGUGGUUAAAGUAAAAGCGCGAUAUAUAACGUGACUGUACAUUUAACGGAGAUGUACCUACUGUCUGAAAUAAAAUUGUUUCAUUCCAUCAUUCAUUCAUUUCAUUUCAUUCAUUCAU